AUGGAAGCUGUAGUUGCGCUUGAUCUCUUCUCAUUUUGGCAAUCUGUUUUUGAUGGUUCUGCGUCGAUGUGUCCCCCCCGCCGCUGCGCUUCACUGGUGCGCGAGCAGAGGGGGAGAAUAUACAUCCUUCGUCGCUGCGCUACCAUGCUUUUGUGCUGGUAUAUCCACGGAGAUGAAUAG